UCUAAGGCUGGCUAAAUGUUAAAUUUUUCUCAGAAAAUAAAAUGAUAACAUCAUCUUAAAAUAUAAGAAUGGAGACUACUGGUUCUUCUCCAAAUAAAACAACUUCGUCAAGUUUUGCCAGUAAAGUAAAAGCCCUUUUGAUGAGAGCGUGGCGAGAGAGGUGGACUGAACAUCAGUGGGGACUCCAUCUCAAGUCAGUAGUCAGUGGCAGUAAUGAAGAGACGAAAGAGCUACCAGAAAUUCUUCUACAGCAGGCAUUAGUUGGACCCAAUCCCAAUGUUCUGAUCAUGGGUUAUCUAAAGCACACUGUAUUGUCACAGAUGAUACCUCCUUGUUCCGUGCUGAAUUUGGUACAGAAGUAUGACGAUAUAAGUAAGCCUUACUGCACCAUAGGGCUGAUCGAGAUUACAGAGGUCAUAGCUUGUAACAUCAGCUUCACCAGUGGGUUAGAGUCUAGUGUGGUUCUGUGUAAAUGUCUACAGAAAACCCUCCACUGGCUGAUGAUGUGUGUUCUCCAGUCCCUGAAGACCAUGAAAGACAUGCAGCAACAGCAGGAGUACACCAGCAUCAUCGACAGCGCCAGUGUGGCGGCCCACAAGAUCUCUCCAAAAUGGCCAUGUCGGGAUAUUUGUCAGAUAUGUUGCAAUAAUUUUAAACAGAAAGUGGGGAUAGCUCUACAGACUCUCUCAAAGGUACAGGACAUGACCCUCCCCAGCCAGGCUCUGUGUGAGGUGUCACACCUCGGAAUCUGUCCCACCAUUAACACCCUAGUCACCCUGGAGGCCAUACUGAACCCCACCAGUGACGUUCAGCCCUUCAUUGAUCAACUGUGUGUGUCUGAGAGGGUUCUGCACCUAACAAGGCCGUUCUUGUAUUGUGAAAUUAUCCGGGCCUGUUUUAUGGGAUUAAAUAAUUGUGUAGACACCCCAGAGGAGAUUAAGUGGGCAGCUUUUACAUAUCUGAAGCUGCCCCAGAUUCUGCGGUUUAUGAAGCAGCAGUCCCCCAAUCAGGACAUAGGAGAAGAUCUGUUCCAGGGAUUGAGUGAACUCAUGAACUCUGUACCUCUCCUUGACCUCGUGGAAAUCAAACUCAAGUGUGAAUGUCUAAAAUAUUUAGUAGGGGAGUUCAGCAAAAAUGAUUUACUGGAUAAAAACCAGACUCAGUUGCUUUUGAACAGAAGAAAUACUAAUUCUGGAAACAAGAUGGAGACCAGUGGACAGUCAUCUCCGAUCCUGAUCAUACGGAAUGAACAACAACUUCCAAGAAUCAUAAAGGGCCUGAGUAAUUUCUCACACCUUGAUUCCGGAAAGGAAAGUGCUACCCUGGAAAAUUCCGACUCCUCUAAGACCCCGGGGGACAUGAUGAGUCUACUGUGUCUGAUGAUGUCAGGGAGGAACCUGGAUUUUAUUUUAGCUGCAGCUGCCUCCAUAGGGAAACUACAGAGCCUGGCAAACAAACUGGUCAAGAUAAAUGAGUUUGCUAAGCAGAUGCAAGGGGAGACUGGAAAAAUGGCUCAGACCCGAGUCAUGCUAUUUGACAUUUCAUUCCUGAUGCUAUGUCAUGCUUCCCAGAUAUAUGGACUGGAGAUCACAGCCCCAUCACCCGAGUACACCGACUCGUUUUUCCUCCACUGGGCCACCAGGUGUCUCCCUGAGGACGGGAAAUACAAGUGUAUCGAUAACUUUACAGCAACAGAUCAGAGUAAACUAGACGUCCUGAUUCAACAUCUCGUGUCUGGUGUUGACAUCAACAAACUCAACAUUACAAGACUCAAUGAAUAUUGUUUGAAUUUUCCACUGGCUCUUCAAGAGAUUCUGAUUGCCUGGGAACAUGGCGCAAUUCCUCCAGACAAAAUAAAGAUGAUUAUUGAGGUCAUUAAGAACAGAAUGUGCUGUAUUCCUAUCGUGCUGUGUGCCUGGUUGUGUAGUUAUAUCAGUGUUGUACCUGACAAAGCCCGGGAGAAGCCAUUACAAAUGAUACAGAUGUUACAAGCACCUGCUCUGAAUCCUGAUCCCGACCUUAAUUACAAUGAAAGAUAUGCACUUAUGACUCCCAUUCUUCAGAAACUGAUUAAUGACAUCUUGCCAGUACCUCAGAGAGUGAACUUUACAAACUAUGUGCCAUCAGACAAGCUGCCCAGUGAGGUCAUGGAUGAAUGCAUUAAGAGUGUGUUCAGACGCGGUUGGUUGGACAUUAAAUCUGUCCAGACUUUGGAGUAUCUCCUGAAUUUAUGUGGAUCUGACUGGUUCUGUGAUAGAUGUAUAGAGGCAAUGUUGGAGAGUAGUCGUCUGGAGGACUUGAUGAAGGCCCUGAGUCUUGUGUACGCGAUCUUCCACAUGGACCUGGAACACAUCACCCUGAGUCUGCUGUUCCACACCCUGCCACGCCUCCUCCAGACCACACACUACCACACUCUCCUCACUGACCCCAGGGGAAAUAUCCUGGCCAAAUUAUCUGUCAUGGUUCUAGUGUCCGCACAGAACUCAAAGAAUGAUGAGAAAGACACAAUACCACAUUUGAGGAGGGGUAGAAAGCGGUCACGGAAAGAGGUGGAACUUGAGGACAUGGAGGAGACAGAGUGUCGUCCGGUAAAGAGAAGCAAGUCCUCGUCUCUAGAGCCACAGCUCACACUGGAUUCGGAGGGAUUUAACUUUGAUUUCCUAACAGCCAAGGAAGAUGGAGAAACUUCCCCAACUUUUGAUGCAAAAGAUCCAUUGAAUAAAUCCUUGGCUAACUUGAUGCGGUUAAUGAAUGCUUUAUCCCAGGACAGCCUCAUUUCACCCAGACUGAGUUUUAUCAUAAGCUUUGUUAGAGAAGCCAUCAACUGCGGCAGUCAGAAUGCCAAGUUUAUCCUGCAGUUUAUGCCCCCACAAAUGGUGUCAAAUCUCCUUAGAAGUGUACAAGGUGUUUUAGACAACAGACACAUUCUUCAUAUCUGUGACCUCACUACAAGUAUUGGAAGGAAAGUAGCAACUCAGGCCAUCUGUCAGAAUUCCAAGCUUCUCAGGCCAGCUAACAGUGCUUAAACUUGACACUAAAUCAGUGGUUUUGUUGUGGGAAAAAAAACAUGACUUAAUACAUUAUAUAGGUACAAAUACCUAUAUGUUGCUUCAUAAUCAUAUGAAAUUCAUUUUUUAAAACAUGAGUAAAAAUAAAAUAUUGAACUUCUUU